UAGAGAAGAAAAGAGAAAAAUAAAGAAAAAAUAAUAAAAAAAUUUAAAACGAUUGAAAGAAUAUUAAAGCUUAGCUUCUAUUUAAAAUCAUCUCACGUCAUCUAUUGUUGAUUUAUUUGCUUUUAUUAAUGAGUAAAUUAGCCAAGAACGUUCGUUUUUAUCUCCUCAGGGCUUGUAAGUAAAACGAUAGAUAAAAAAGAUUGAAAAUAAGAAUCUGUGCUGUUUGCGUUUACAGCUCAUGUUCUGUUUUUUAAAGACGAUCCCGGUACUGAGGUGCGGCUGAAGCCCUCACCGCUUUGGUAUUCUCUUUCAGUCGUCUCUUGGAGAGUUUCUCGUUGGCGCUGGAUUGCUGCAGGGCUUCGCUCAGCGUGGUGAAACAUAAUGACGCAGUGAAGCUCUCUCAGCUUCACAUCAAAGUCUGCUGGAGUCUUAAAAGCUGGAGCCAGAUUGCAGAUUCUUGGUCGUCGUUAGCAGAUCAAAAAAGGAGCUCUGAUGGUUCCCUCAGGAUCUUCGGUCCAUCAGCGAGGGCAGAAAAAGCUUCUCACCUCGGCUUUAAACAGGAUGGAUGGAUGGAUGAGUGGAUAAACGGUGGCUUUGAACUUAUUACCCAGAAUUCUUAAGAAAAACACAUGAUGAGAUGAGUGACACAAGAAGAACCUUCAUCUCAGGACGAGGAAGCUGAUUAACCAUGGAGCGCCUCAUUCUGUGCAUGAUGCUGUUGGGAGGUCUUGUGAGAGGACAGCACUGCCCGGGUCGGUGCAUCUGCCAGACCAUUUCGCCCACCCUGACCCUGCUCUGCGCCAAGACCGGCCUCUUAUUCGUCCCGCCCACGAUCGACCGCAAGACCGUGGAGCUGCGGCUGACGGACAACUUCAUCACGGCCGUCCGGAGGAAGGACUUCCUGAACAUGACCAGUUUGGUGCAUCUUACUUUAUCGCGCAACACCAUCAGCCAGAUCGCCCCCCACGCCUUCCUGGGAAUGAAGUCCUUGAGGGCGCUGCACAUGGACGGCAACCGGCUGAGCGACAUCAGGUACGAGCAGAUGAAAGGUCUGGUCAACCUUCGGCAUCUCAUCCUGGGGAACAACCAGAUCCACCACAUCGAUUCUUUAUCCUUCGACGAGUUCACGUCCACCAUCGAGGACUUGGAUUUAUCCUACAACAACCUGAGGACUCUGCCGUGGGAGGCCAUCGCCAAGAUGACGAACAUCAACACGCUGACCCUGGACCACAACCUGAUCGACCACAUAGAAGCCGGGACCUUCUCGCUCCUGACCAAACUGGUCCGCUUGGACAUGACGUCCAACCGGCUGCAGAAGUUGCCUCCGGACCGCAUCUUCCAGCACGCUCAGGUGCUCUCGGACCCCAAGAGUUCGUCCAGUUCCUCGCGGUUGACGGUGAGCUUCGGUGGGAACCCUCUCCACUGCAACUGCGAGCUCCUGUGGCUGCGCAGGCUGACCAGAGAGGACGACCUGGAGACGUGCGCCUCGCCCGAGCACCUGAUGGAUAAGUACUUCUGGUCCAUUCAAGAGGAGGAGUUCAUCUGCGAGCCGCCGCUGAUCAUCAAGCACCUAGUCACCAAGCCGUACGUCAUGGAGGGUCAAGGCGUCACGCUCAAAUGCAAAGCCAUGGGAGACCCGGAGCCCGCCAUCCACUGGCGCUUUCCCGACGGGAAGCUGGUCCACAAUAACUCCCGUACCAUCCUGUACGAUAACGGCACCCUGGACAUCCUGAUCACCACCCUGAAGGACAGCGGCGCCUUCAACUGCGUCGCCUCGAACGCCGCCGGGAUCGCGACCGCCGCCGUGGAAAUCAACAUGAUCCCGUUGCCGUUGUUUGUCAACAACACCGGUCACAUGAGGGAGGCCGAUCGCGGUCUCUCGGACAUCACCACCUCCACCAAAUCCGCCAACAACGACACCCGGCAGGACAGGAGGGUCAUGGUCAACGAGCUGACCUCCAAUUCAGCCAUGAUCCACUGGCCCUCGGAGCGACACAUUCCCGGAAUCAGGAUGUACCAGAUCCAGUACAACAGCACCAUGGACGACACCCUGGUCUACAGGAUGAUCCCCUCAGACAGCAAAACCUUCCGGAUUAACGACCUGGCGGCGGGACGCGAUUACGAGCUGUGCGUCCUGGCCGUGUACGACGACGGCAUCACGUCCCUCACCGCCACCCGUGUGGUGGGCUGCGUCCACUUCCGCACCACGCCCGAGGUGGGUCAGUGCCAGUUCGCCCGGGCUCAGUUCCUGGGCGGCACCAUGAUCAUCAUCAUCGGCGGCGUCAUCGUGGCGUCCGUGCUCGUCUUCAUCGUCAUCCUGAUGAUCCGCUACAAAACGUACGGCACCGGCGAGGGGAAAGCGGGCGCCGUUUACGGGCACUCGAUCAAGCAGGAGAAUUUGUGCGAGACCCCGACCGACACCGACUGCCACGCCAUCGCGCUCCUGAGCCUGGAGAACGAGACACGGGAGGAAGCCAAGGCGCCGACGUCUCCGCCGGACUCUGAGCUGCGCAUGACGACCCUGAUCCCCGCCCCGCCGCCACCCCCGUCCCGCCGGGCAAGCCUGGGCGGCCCGCCGUCCGACGACGCCCAGACGGACAGCAGCUUGACCGGCUCGACCAUGUCGCUGUGCCCGAUGGGUGGCAACACGGGCGACAGGGACAGGAAACGAGCGCCGGCGGGCAUCGGGUUGCUGCCCGGCGAUUUGGCCCGGGCGAAGCACCGCUUCUCGUUCGACGGGGACUACAUGCUUUUUCAGAGCCACAGCUACCCGAGACGGGCGCGCGCCCGCCGCCACAAGUCCAGCUCGCAGCUCGAUGUGUCGCCGCCGUCCGAGCGGCGCGUAACGUUCAGCAGCAGCACGGAGUGGAUGCUCGAGAGCACCGUGUGAUUAGCGUACGCGGGACGAUCCAAAACUCUGAGUCCAUCAUCCGGAUUUUAGCAAAGGAGGGCGUGGCGGAAAAGUGACACGCUAAA